AUGAUGGAUUUAACUGUGGAAAUUCAAGGGGAUGCUGCAUCUUUGGAGGAAUGUUUAGACCUAUUCACAGCAAGAGAGCCGCUUCAUGGGGAUAAUAUGUAUAAAUGUGAUGGAUGCAAUGACUAUGUCCUGGCAUGGAAGCGCCUUAGUAUCCGACGGGCUCCAAAUGUUCUUACAAUUGCCUUAAAAGAGUGGAGAUUUGGGAAACUCAAUAAGAGGGUGACUUUCCCCGAGACUUUAGAUAUUACUCCCUACAUGAGUGAAACAGGAGAUGGUAAUGAUGUUUACAAGCUAUAUGCAGUUGUUGUCCAUGUGGACAUGCUGAAUGCAUCAUUCUUUGGUCACUACAUUUGUUAUACCAAGGAUUUUCGGGGGAACUGGUACAGGAUUGAUGAUUGUAAG